AUGGUGACCAGUAGCGAAGCUAUGGAGGUGGCUGCUCCUGUGGUGGAUGCCAAAGCGGAUGAGGUGAUGACGGUGGCUUCGCCACAGACGCAGGAAGAUGGGGUGCAGAAGAUUGCUGAUAGGGAGGAGAAGCCAGAGGAGGCGCCGCAGGUUGAUGAAGUGGCUGCUGGGAUCCAGGCUUUGGCUAUGGAUCAAAUUGUGGAGUUCACCAUGGAAGACGUGGCGGCAGGUGUGCAGUGGGCGAAGAUGAGUUUGCUGGGAAGGUUGUUUAUGGAUAACCCGCUGAGUCUGGCUGUUAUCAGUAAGAUUGUGAAUGGCGAAUGGAAUUGUGCGGUGGAGGUCAGGGUUCUUGCGGCUGAAAGAGGGCUUCUGCAAUUCUUCUUUGCGGAUGAAGCUGAUCGGGAUUGGGUCCUUAAGAGAUCGCCAUGGACAGUGAAGGAGAGGGUGCUGCAAUUGAAGCCUUGGUGUCAAAUAACCAAGGAGGUGGUCGAUUCCUUUAUCAUGGUUCCGUUUUGGGUCCAGAUGUGGGGGAUUCCGAAUCACUGUCGUACUGUGGCCUUCGGGAAGAGGGUGGCUGGAUCGAAGAUUGGGAAGGUCUUAGAUGCCGGUGCUUUUGCCAUUCAGGGGAUCUCGGGGCACUUUAUAAAGACGAAGGUACUGCUGGACAUCACUCAACCUCUUCGCUCUCAACUUUAUGCAAGCAACCCGGUGGUCGGUGAGUUCUGGGUCACACUGGUUUAUGAGUUCCUACCACUCUUGUGUUACCAUUGUGGGAGGUUGGCGCAAUUGGCCCCAAACUGUGUGUAUCCAGACCCGGUGGGAAUUGAGCACUACGGCCCUGAACUUAGUACGGACAUCAUCGGCUAUCAAGUGGAGGAGGCAGCUGUUGUGCCUUUCCCAUUGCGUCAACCUGCGCAGUCGUCGGUGUGGGUUAACCCCAAGGCUGGCGUUAAUGCAGCAGGAGGUGGGAAGCAGAAACGGGACAGGGAAACAGAGGAGGAUCCGUCAGGUGGGCGCGGCAAAUCUGUGGUGUUGGGGCUGCCUGCUCAAGGAAGUAUGGAGCGAGGGAGUGGUGAUGUGCAAGGGAAGUCGGGCCAGGGGCAGGUGAACAGGGGGACUGUGGAUGGUGGUAGCGGUGGGUAUCGGGGGCAAUUUGUGAAGGGGAAAGGCAAGGGGGGUCAGGGUACUUACCAGCAGGCUACUAGAGGGAUGGAGAGGAGCAGGGAGAGUGUACCCAGGCAGCAGCAGCAUAGGUAUGAUGCACGCCGUCCUCAUGGGAGGCAGACAAAUGAGGCUGGGCCGAGGGCAGCAGGGGGAGGGCUGAAAAGCAAGGGGAAGGAGGCCUUCCGUAUGGUGGCGCCGGAUCCGGCGGAGAUUGAUGAAAGGAAACGGGCAGCAGGUGAAGUUGCAGGGUUGCAAUUUGAUCCUACUCCGGUGAAGAAAGUGUGUGUGCAAGCUGCGGUGGAGGAAACCAGCCAUGAAUGGUCCCAGCCCGCCAAAUGA